AUGGACCGACAGCAGCGUCGACGGCGUAGGCCAGCCUUGUCCUGCCUCGAAUGCAGGCGCCGAAAGAUCAAAUGCGAUCGGAACGAGCCUUGCACGCAUUGUGUCUCAGCUAAGAUAGAAUGCACAUACAAGUUCUAUCCUGAUUCUGUGGUCGAUGUACGGCAGAGUCUCGGGCGGAGUGCUCUACCCUCGGCCGCCAGUCCGUCUGCAUCGGCCGUGUCGUCGAUUACUGUAGGCAAUCAACAUGUAUUGUCGGAUACGCGGACCGCCGACAGGCGGCGCCAUGAUCAAUAUUCUCGGCACGGGCCAGAGAUACCAUUGCCAGAAAAUCUAGUUCAUCCAUGGGGUCCUCGAGCCACAGCAGCAGCACGAAACAACGAGGAAUCAUUGCCAUCAGUAUCACAACCUCAGCUCAAUGAUUCCGCCACUGGCACUCGUAAUUGCGACACAACUCAGCACCAAACUGGUACUGUUCCAACUCCUAAUCAUCACCACCAACCACAGAAUGAGGACGCUAUUGGUGCUGCGAGCAUUCAAAGCCUUCUGCAACGCAUUCGGAAGCUUGAAGAGGCUUCCGCAGUCGACCCGGCGCAUGCCUUGUCCGAAACUACCCAAGACAUAAUUGCCACUCGGUCUGGUCUCGAUGGGUCUCAGACCGUCCUUGAUAAAUCAAGGAUGCUCAGAUGGAGCCAUUGGAUGGGAACUGCCCCAGAGUUCAGUCUCGUCGGUGACUGCUACAUCGAGGUGCUAGGCCAUUCGAAGGAUUUCUCAAUGGAAGAUGCCGAAAUACAAGCAUUACUCGUCAAAAUAGGCAAUGGCCUUCAGAAAUGCAAAAGUCUAGCGAGACGAAUCAAGCUCGGGAGACCCACAAGAUGCCUCUCAUGGCGCGAAUUUUCAUUGUCGACUCCUCCCCGAGACGUGGCGGAUACUAUGGUGAAUCUUUAUUUCGAAUCAUUCGAAUCAGCGCAUCGAAUACUUCACAUUCCUACCUUCUGGGCAGAGUACCAAAAGUACUGGAACGAUCCAGAGCGAACAACCCCCGACGUGCGCCUCAAGGUCCUUCUCGUCAUCGCAAUAGGAUCCAGCGUGUCCCAAUAUAGCGACACAGACCCUGGAUUCCGCAACAUGGUCCACCAGUGGGUCUACACCGCCCAAGCAUGGCUCUCGGGCCCAUUGGAGAAGGACCGUCUAAAUAUCAACGGCCUACAAGUUCACUGUCUUGGUAUCCUGGCUCGUCAGGCGUUCGCAAUAGGCGGUGACCUCGUCUGGAUGUCCAUGGGCUCUCUGAUCCACAGGGCAAUGCAGAUGGGUUUGCACCGGGACCCCAAACACCUACAGAAAAUGUCAGUUCUGGAAUCCGAGAUCCGGCGACGUCUCUGGGCGACGAUUCUUGAAAUGGUUCUGCAAGCGUCACUGGACUCUGCCAUGCCCCCCAGAAUCUCAUUGGACGACUUCGACACGCUGGCGCCGUCAAACAUCAACGACGACGAAGUAUCUGAAGAAACAACCACUGCCACGCUCAACCCGCACCCUAGAAGCACAUACACCUCAGCGUCCAUUCAGCUUCUCCUCCUCGACUCACUGCCCACUCGACUACGCAUCCUCCAACUCCUCAACGGUCUCCACUCGGAGCUGUCCUACGCUGAAGCCCUCGCCCUGACGAGCAGCCUCACCGAGACACGUCGAGCACAUGGCACUUUUAUCAAAGAAAACCGCGCGAGCGGCAUCACGCCCUUCCACCGGAACCUCCUCGACUACCUCGUGCGUCGGUUCGUGAUUGUUCUCCACUGCCCGUUCGUGAGCAAGGCGCGAACAAAUCCACUGUUCCACUACUCUCUCAAAGCGAGCCUCGACGCCGCCAUGUCCGUCAUCUCGCCGGAGCCAGACAAGGGCUUCUCUCACCUCAUGACCAUCGGAGGCGGACUAUUCCGAGAGGGCCUGUGGCACGCACAGACGGCCAUCUGCAUUGAACUACUGGCCGAGGUCGAGGCGCAAGCUGCCGACGGGACACUGCACCGUAAAUCCGCCUACCACGAGCUCCUGAAGCAGGCGGUGCGUGACAUGAUGGCCCUGUUCACGGAACGUAUACGGCACGGAGAAUCGAACAUCAAAUCACACAUGUUUCUGACCAUGGUCCUGGCACAAGCGGAAGCGAUAGAGACCGACGCGUCGCCCCGCUUACGUAUCGCGCAGGGUGCCAUUGAGAGUCUGGAGAUCUGUACGGGGUUACUCCAGAGUCGCGUCGAGACCAGUACCGCAACGACAUUUCCUAGUCCUAUGGACAUGGGUCUUGGGAUGACGGGCCUGGGUGAUGACGGAACAGGGGUGCAGGGAGGGUACGGUUAUAACGGUGGUGGGGUGGGAGGUCUUGACCUUGCGGAUUUGGAUUUGGAGUUUUCCCUGCCUGACGCAGGAUUCAGUUGA